AUGUAUCGAUUUAUUGUUUUACUUUUUUCGAUAUUAGUUUUAGCUUUUGACGAUGACCCCGCUAACCAGAUUGAAGUUUUCCGAAAGAAAACCAAGGGACCUAUUGGCAUUAUGACUACCAGUAAUGGAGUACCGGUUCCUUUACGUGAAACAACAAGUACCUUGAACACUAGGUUGCUUUUUAACGAAUAUUUAUUGGACUCUAUAACACAUAUAUUUCGGGAACGUAUCCCGGAACGUUUUGUCCAUGCAAAGGGGGGUGGAGCAUUCGGCUACUUUGAAGUAACUCAUGAUAUUUCACAUAUAACCAAAGCUAAGAUUUUCAGUUCGGUAGGAAAGACAACACCUAUCGUCGCCAGAUUUUCACCAAUCAACCCCGAAAGGGGAGGUAACGAUCUUCUAAGAGACGCAAGAGGUUUUGCCGUCAGAUUCUACUCAGAGGAUGGUAAUUUUGAUUUAGUAGGGUUUAAUACGGAAAUGUUUUCCAUCAAAGACCCCAUUGACUUCACAAUGUUCACUCACACCCAGAAAAGGAAUCCAGCUACUAAUCUAUUUGACGCUAAUAUGCUGUGGGACUUCAUCACUCUUCGACCGGAAAGUAUGCAUAUAUUCUUACGAGUAUUUGGAGAUCGAGGCAUCCCUGAUGGGUAUCGUUAUAUGCCAGGUUUUUCUAUACACACGUAUCAGUUCGUAAACGAAAAAGGUGAAUAUUAUUUCGUUAGAUUCCAUUUUAUACCUGAUGGUGGGGUAAGGUUUUUGACGGCAGAACAAGCAAGAAUGAUCAGUAGAGAAGAUGCCGAUUAUUGUAUUCGUGACUUGUACAAAGCUAUCGAGGGAGGUGAUUAUCCAUCAUGGACUUUAUCAUUCCAGAUACUGACCCUUGAUGAGGUUAAGAAUUCAGAAACAGAUGUAUUUGAUGUAACAAGAGUUCUUCCGAUUGAGAAAUAUCCCCUGCACCCUGUAGGAAAGAUGGUAUUAAACAAAAACCCAACGAACUACUUUGCCGAAGUUGAGCAAUUGGCGUUUAGCCCUUCGAAUUUAAUACCCGGAAUUCUUGGUGGCGUUGACAAAAUAUUUGAAAUGAGAAGAUUGGCGUAUCGUUCUGCACAAUAUCACAGACUUGGGGCAAACUUUAACAAAAUCCGUGUAAACUGUCCGUUUAGAUCGCUAACGUACAAUCGCGAUGGUGAAGCGCCGGUUAAAGAUAACGAGAGAGAUGUUCCUAAUUACUAUCCCAACUCGUUCAACGGACCUAUACCGUAUGUAGAAGAGUCUAAAUUGAUACAAAUAGUCGAACAUCCACCAUAUAAUUUUGAUCAAGCUAGAGAUUUGUAUGAGAAUCAGUUGUCUGCUGGUGAAAAGGAGAGGCUUGUUGAGAAUAUUUUGUAUAGUUUGGGUUCUGUAACCAAGUUCCUGCAGGAAAAAAGUGUAGAACUUCUUAGUCUAGUGUCACGUGACCUUGGUAGUAGAGUUGAACAAGGCCUACUUUCAAAUGUGACAACGAACUAUUUGGAUGAUUAUAAGAAAUAG